CUGUCUGUCAACGAAAUUAGUGCGGUUGUGAAUUUUUCGUGCAUAUUAAUUUUAGGCCAAAACCCACGAAAAUCUUGGGAAAUUGCAAAAUUAUUGAACUUCAGCUACUGCUGCAUGCGUGAACUAUGAAAAACCCUGGCUAAAAGUGUUUACAGUGCUCGAAUCGGUCCUCCUCGCCCGGACCCAGCGCCCAGAGAGACUCUCGGCGCGCUCAACGCGUCUCUUUGUGGAUUUUCUAUUUGUGUAUCAUACAAUAUUGUGUUUACAUUUUUUUGCUGUCACUUCCAAAACAUUGCUGAAAAAAUGCGUUGCCUGAGUCUUUAAGAGCUUAAUAUAUUCAAAUAUAAUAUUAAGAAUUGCAUUCGACUCAAGGACACGCACGCACACAUCGAUAUACACAUUAAAGAGCGCAAACAGUGACAGGAGCAAUGCAAACAACUCGCACUCGACAGGCGCCACACCAGCAGCAGCAGCAGCAGCAGCAGCAGAAGCAACUGCAGCAUAUGCCACACAAUGUGUGGCAGCAACGUCAAUGGCUGCUGCUUGCCAUCGUCCUCAUGUUGACACUGUUCACGCGCACUAUUCAAGGGAUUACCGAGGAGCUGUCACCAGAUCAUGUGCGCGAAUUCACAUGCGGCAAGCUCUACUACCGCACGUUCCACUUGAGCGAGGAGCGCGACUCACUGUAUGUGGGCGCCAUGGAUCGUGUAUUCCGUUUGAAUUUGCAAAAUAUUUCCUCUUCGUAUUGUGAUCGCGAUGUCAUAAACUUGGAGCCAACUCGCGAUGAUGUGGUCAGCUGUGUGUCCAAAGGCAAAAGUCAGGUCUUUGAUUGCAAGAACCAUGUGCGCGUCAUACAAUCAAUGCAGCAAGGCGAUAGGCUCUAUGUUUGCGGCACCAAUGCACACAAUCCCAAGGAUUAUGUCAUCUAUUCCAAUUUGACUCACUUGCCACGCUCGGAGUAUGUGAUCGGAGUUGGGCUUGGUAUAGCCAAGUGUCCCUACGAUCCCCUGGACAACUCAACGGCCAUUUACGUGGAGGAAGGUAAUCCGGGCGGACUGCCUGGCCUGUACUCGGGCACAAAUGCGGAAUUCACUAAGGCUGAUACUGUGAUCUUUCGAACGGAUUUGUAUAAUACGUCGGCAAAGCGCCUGGAAUACAAAUUCAAGCGUACGCUCAAAUAUGAUUCCAAGUGGUUGGACAAACCCAAUUUCGUGGGCUCCUUUGACAUUGGCGACUACGUGUACUUCUUUUUCCGAGAGACGGCCGUCGAGUACAUUAACUGCGGCAAGGCGGUCUAUUCGCGUAUCGCGCGCGUCUGCAAGAAGGAUGUGGGCGGCAAGAAUCUGUUGGCCCACAACUGGGCCACGUAUCUGAAGGCGCGGCUAAACUGCAGCAUUUCUGGCGAAUUUCCGUUCUACUUCAAUGAGAUACAAUCGGUUUAUCAGCUGCCCAACGACAAGACGCGCUUCUAUGCCACGUUCACGACCAGCACGAAUGGCCUGAUUGGAUCAGCCGUAUGCAGUUUCCACAUCAACGAGGUGCAGGCCGCUUUCAAUGGCAAAUUUAAGGAGCAAUCCUCUUCAAACUCCGCCUGGCUGCCGGUGCUGAACUCUCGCGUGCCAGAUCCGCGACCCGGCACAUGUGUCAACGAUACCUCAAAUCUGCCAGAUACCGUACUCAAUUUCAUACGCUCGCAUCCACUUAUGGACAAAGCCGUAAAUCACGAGCACAACAAUCCGGUCUAUUAUAAAAGGGAUUUGGUGUUCACAAAGCUCGUUGUUGACAAAAUCAAAAUCGACAUACUGAACCAGGAGUACACCGUUUACUACGUGGGCACCAAUCUGGGGCGCAUCUAUAAAAUCGUGCAGUAUUACCGGAACGGCGAGUCGCUGUCCAAGCUGCUGGACAUCUUCGAGGUGGCGCCGAACGAGGCCAUCCAGGUGAUGGAAAUCAGCCAGACACGUAAGUCACUCUAUGUGGGCACCGAUCAUCGCAUCAAGCAAAUCGAUUUGGCCAUGUGCAAUCGCCGUUACGACAAUUGCUUCCGUUGUGUGCGUGAUCCGUACUGCGGCUGGGACAAGGAGGCCAACACGUGCCGGCCAUACGAAUUGGAUCUGCUGCAGGAUGUGGCCAACGAGACGAGCGACAUUUGCGACUCGAGUGUGCUGAAGAAGAAAAUCGUCGUCACCUAUGGCCAGAGCGUGCAUCUGGGCUGCUUUGUCAAGAUACCGGAGGUGCUGAAGAACGAGCAGGUCACCUGGUACCAUCACUCCAAGGACAGGGGACGCUAUGAAAUCAAAUACAGCCCCACCAAGUACAUUGAGACAACGGAGCGCGGCCUGGUCGUGGUGUCGGUGAACGAGGCCGAUGGCGGACGCUACGAUUGCCACUUGGGUGGCUCGCUGCUAUGCAGCUACAACAUAACUGUCGACGCACACAGAUGCACGCCACCGAACAAAAGCAACGACUAUCAGAAAAUCUAUUCAGAUUGGUGUCACGAAUUCGAGAAGUAUAAAACAGCCAUGAAGUCCUGGGAAAAGAAGCAAGCGCAAUGCUCCACGCGCCAGAACUUCAGCAGCAAUCAGCAUCCCAAUGAUAUCUUCCGCAAGAACAACGUUUGAUACCACGACAAUAGCCUCACGGUCACCAUGCCACACAUCCAUGUCCAUUAAGCGUUUCUACUAAUCCGUCAAGACUUCCCAAAAACAACAACAAACUGCAUCAAAUCAAAUCAAAUCGUAUCGAAUCGUAUUGGAGUUAAUAAAAUAGUAAUUAUUUUUAUUAUUGAGCGCCUACUUUGACUUAAGUUGCCGCAUAGUCCAUCGUCAUCAAUCAUCAAUCAUCAAUCAUCAAUCAUCAUAGUUAAGCAUGAACUCCUACAAACUGCAUUUAUACGAAUAUCAAUUUACAUAUGUGUAUAGAGCAACCACUUCCAGUACAGUGCAUUUAUUCAACAUACGAUGAGAGCUGAUGGGAUAUUAAUAAAUAAUUCAAGAGACACUUGUCUAUGGCAUUUAGAGAUGCACAUACAGUUACAGUUACAAUUACAAUAACAAUUACAGUUGAUAAAACAAAAUAGCUAGCUACAAAAAAAGAAAUAAAUAAAAUACAAUUUACAACUGCCGCUCGCAAACGCAAACAAUAUUUAAGUGGAAAUCAAAUCACUUCAUAUCGUUAUUAUAAACAUUGAAAUCGAAUUAAAGUAAAUACAAUUAAUUAAGCAUACUUAUUGCAACUAAAAGUAACGCAACGUUUCAAAAUGUUAAUAUAUGUAAUUCUAUCUUAAAUCUAACAACUAACAAAGGCAAAUGAAGAGCGAACGAACAAGUAUUACAAGUACAUAAACCCUAACACAUACAUAUACAUAUAUAAAUCACAUUUCAAGCAUUCGAACUCAUAAACAAAUCAACAAGAAUAUAUAUAUAUUUAAUAUUAUAUCGAACUAUAAAACUAUAUGUAAUCGGAGAAGCAAUGUGAUGUUAAGUUUUGAUAAAUUUAUUAAUUGCCCUCUUAAACGAUAUCCACACACACACGCACACACACACUCAUACACAAUAACUGGAUUCGCAUUCAUAAACAUGCCACAUAUAUAUACAUAUAUACACCAAUAUAUAUAUAUAUAUAUAUAUAUUAAUGAAAAUCUGCUUUUCAACUAACUGAACUUAAAGAACAACAUCAAUAAGCAAUAUAAUCGUAUAAAACAAAACAAAGCAAAGCAAAACGACACAAAACAAAACAAAACAUUGAAGCUGAAUUAUAUAAAAGUACACAUAAACAUAAUAUAUAUAUAUAUAGCAAACAAUUUACAUCAAAUCGGUCCAUAGUUUAUAUACGACAUAAUAAUAAUAAUUAUAUAUUAUAUAAAAUAGCAAAAGCAUUUCGUCA